AAGGAAGCUAGCGAAUAAAUCCUUGUAGCCAGCCAGUCUCUUUCAUAAUAAACAGUAGGACUAUAGCAGCGUAUUUUCUGAAAUAAAGUUUUUGAAAACCAUAUCUGCCAUUUAUAGGCGGACGAAGUAAUCGAAUAAACAGACGAUAGAUUUAAAUCGAGGAAGAAAUUCGGUAGCAAUGUCCGAGACUGGAAACGGCGUGGAGCUGCGGGAAGAGCGAGCAGUUGAACUUGAAGAAACCGGAGGAGUGGAGGAAAAGGAUGAUGCGUCAGAGGCCAGCAAGGAGGAGUCUUCUGAAGCCGGACAGGAUGCCCAAGAUGAGGACCCCUCUUCAUCUACAGCGCCAGCCUAUGAGGAGAAAGUGGCAUCAGACCGGACCAACAGAUUUGAGUACCUACUGAAGCAGACAGAGGUGUUUGCCCAUUUCAUCCAACCUGCGGCCCAGAAGACCCCACCUCCCGCUCAAGAUGAAAUAAGCGCUCUCGUGUCAGGACGAGAAACAGAAUCUCCUCUCGGUCGGCGUGUUGACCCUUACUGUCUGAGCAUUCAGCCUCUACUCUCCACAGUAGCUCCAGUCCAGACACGUAGCCCUGCCGGCUGCCGGGAGGUUAACAACUCUGGGCAAAGUUUGUCCCUGGCUGGCCAGCUCAGCCGCCGAUUGGACGAGAUAAAGGGUUAA